CACAAAUAACUUUCCCAGACGUCAGAUUUAACUAUAGCAUGCAGAUGGAUGCUCGCUGUCCCAUUAACAGGACACAUGGCUGAUAAACAAGACAGCUUAGCUUUCUCUUUUCAUGUCUAAGGGAUUAUUUUCAGACAUCUGAUUUGUUAAGAAACAAGGAUGGGAUCACAGUGUAUAUUUAAAAUAAAUCAUCACAUUUUCAAGAUCCUGCUUUUUGUCUUUCUGGUCUUUGGUAUAUGCAGCUGCUGGAAUGAGCCGGAAUCAAACCAAUCUCAAGUCAUAGAUUCCUGCAGCUCCGGAAUUUUCAUUGAAAGUCAUCAUGGUGUAUAUGAGUAUAUUAGCAAGCCUUUCACUCAGCAACAAGCCAAUAAACAUUGUGAACAUAAGUUUGCAUCUCUGCUCUCUGGUACAAGGGGCAUCAAGGAGUUGGUUGCAAAUUUGGUGCAAUUCCCUGUAUGGCUGAAAGAGGAAAACCAUAUACCCAAAACCCAGGCACUGCCUACCCUGGUAUUUGAGAAGAGGACAGAUACGAAGUAUGCAAAACUGCUGGCACACUUUCCAUCUUUGUCAGAAAUCACUGUAUGUGCUUACAUACAAUGGGGCAACUCACAUAAAGAAUUUGCAACAGUCUUUUCGUAUGCAGUAUUUAACUUCAGUAAUGAGUUUCAACUGCGAGGAAUGAGUGAUGAGGAUGGAUUUGUCAAAUUUGCUAUCAUAGUUCAUGGGCAACAUUCAGGAUACUCACCAAUGUUCCCCAAUGAUGGAACGUGGCAUCAUUUGUGUAUAACUUGGCAAAAAUGGAAUGGUACCACGACCCUUUAUGCUGAUGGGAAAUGGAAAGCCUACUCUAAACUGUCUGCAUCAGAGGAUAUCAUCAAAGAUGGUAUUUUUAUUAUUGGACAAGACCAAGAUUCCUACGGCGGCACAUUUAAAGAGAAGGAAUCCUUUAGUGGUAAUAUCACAGAAUUCAAUGUCUGGGCAAAGGUUCUAAGUGCAGAACAAAUAGAAAAGGUUUCACUGGGCAGGAAUGUGGAAAAAAACAUUAUAUUUGGUUGGAGGACCCACCAGUUGGAAGUUGAAUCUUCUGUUAAAAGAAUGAAGAUAGAAACUGUAUGUACAGGAUGUUCAAUACAAUGCAAAGUUCUGCAGAACAGUGAUGGUGACACAAAUUACAAGCCUUGUACAGAGAAAAUACCAUUUGUUUGCUACUAUACACGAGAAACUUAUCAACACCUGAGAAAUGCCAACAAAAGGAAUAAAAACCAAACUUUUGCAAGCAGGGUGAAUGUUAUUGCAAAUCGCACAUUGAUUCCAGAACACUCCUUCUCUAGUGAGUGCCACCACUUUAAUUUUUCAGAAGCACUAGCGGGUCUCCAGGCCAUUGAGGAAGGUCUAGAAACAGAUGGAAGUUCUUUGGAUACCAUGGAUGUUCUGGGUGUUAUCCAGCUUCUGAAAGAAGUGGCUGAUAUGGAUGUAAUUAAGAGUCAAGAGAACCUAGAAGACUUGAGUCACCAUUUUGUACAUGUCACAGGAGAGCUUCUUGAUUACCAUGACCCAAAUCUUUGGUCUGAAGUUGAUUUGGUUAUUAAAGGUCCAAUGACAAUAAUUCAAACAGUGGAGAAAAUGGCGUCCAAACUUGUUCUACUUCUUUCUACUGAAAAAAAUGAAAUCUGCAUACAUCACAGGAAUCUUGAAAUUAGUGUAAGUAAAGUGGAUGGGAAUAUUGAUAAGCACAUUUACAAAGUGCAAAGCACCAAGAGAGUGGAUAAAAUUGAAAUUCCUGGGACUGAACUCAAGAUAAUCAAACAAGAAGGUCAUACAAAUAUUGCUGUGGUGAAUACAUGGUUCGAUUUUAACUCAUUUGAACAUUUGUUUGGUGGCCGCAGUCCUAAUUUAGUUCAAGGAGACAGAACAGUGCUGGAUGGAGAAUAUAAGCAUCUGAGCACUUACCUAGGAUCAGCUAUUAUAUCUUCAACCGUACUAUGUGAUGAGGAAGAAAGGAGCACACCUGUACAGUAUUACCUCUGGCACAAAAAUAAGAUUCAAAAUGAAGUAAAGAAGCGGAAACAGAUUCCUAUCUGUGCCUUUUGGGAUUUUGGCAUCCGGACUGAACAUGGAGGAACAUGGUCCACUGCUGGAUGUACCAUUAAAAAUAUUCUUGAUGAUGCAACCAUAUGUUUUUGUAAUCACACCACAAAUUUUGCUAUCCUGUUGCAAGUGUAUGAUGUCCAGAGAAGUACAGAAGAAGAGUGGAUUCUAAGAACCUUGACGUUUAUUGGCUGUGGAGUAUCAUUAUGUGGUCUUGUGGUGACUUUUAUGCUCUUCCUCAUCGUGGGGGUUCCAGUAUCAGAGAGGACAACUGUUCACAAGAAUCUGAUAUUUGCUCUUGCUGCAGCAGAGGCACUGCUUAUGUUUAGUGAUAUGGCAAAAGAUAAUGAGGUUCUCUGCAUCACAGUUACAGCUUGUCUUCACCUGUUUUUUAUGGCGGCCUUUGCUUGGAUGUUAGUUGAAGGCCUACUAUUGUGGAGUAAAGUUGUUGCAGUAAACAUGAGUGAAGGCAGAAGAAUGACAUUUUAUUACAUCACUGGAUGGGGUCUUCCAGUCAUUAUUGUAAUCGUGACCUUGGCAACCUCUUUAGAUAAAUAUGUGGCAGACAGUCACUGCUGGCUAAACACACAGACUGACAUAAUAUGGGCAUUCGUGGGUCCUGUUCUUUUCAUAUUAACGGUCAACACUUUUGUUCUGUUUCGUGUGGUUAUGGUGACAAUCUCUAGUGCUAGAAGACGCUCCAAGAUGAUGACACCCAACUGUAGUCUAGAGAAACAGAUUGGCAUCCAGGUCUGGGCCACUGCAAAACCCAUAAUUGUGCUGCUCCCUGUCUUAGGACUGACCUGGUUGUGUGGUAUUUUGGUACAUCUCAGUGUAAUCUGGGCCUAUGUUUUUAUCUUAUUGAAUUCAUUUCAGGGGCUUUAUAUUUUCUUGGUUUAUGCCAUUUACAACAGUGAGGUCAGAAAUGCCAUUCAGAGGAUGAAAGAAAAGAAAAGGGCCCUUUCAUUCACGAAUUGUUCUCAGCCAACAAACUAUUUAUCCAGUCCAAGGAAUACAAUGUGGGACACUGGAAAACCAAGCCUCAACCCAUCUAAAAGUAGUUUAUCCACUAUGCCAAUAAGAAAUACACCAGGCAAGGGAAAUGUAGUCGUCAAGAACCCUGUAAACAUAUAUUCCAUCCUGUCCACUGACAACACAGCAGUAGAACUCACAUCUUUCAAAACGUCAGUUGAUUGCCCAAGUCACAUUCAAGAGAAGAAGGCGGAUGUGGAAUAUAUAGCAGCUUGAUGAUCUAUUAACUAACGGAAGACAUUGAAGCGAUACCCUAUGGAUUGAAAAGAAUAUAUUUUUGGGUUGCAGAGUACUCUAGGUCAUCAUACUAAUUGUUUAAAAACUAUUGUGUAAAACAGCCAAAAUGACUUGUAUUUACAUUUGUCCAUGUGUCAGCCUAUAAUAGAAAAACAGCUGGCUAUGUAAUAAAACAUUGUCCAAAAUAAAAGCCUAUGUCCUUAAAA